AGUCCGGAGUUCAGAGAUACUUUCAGAGAUUCCUCCCUAUAAGCGUCGCACAAUCCGAAACGUCAUACCCAUGCGACCAAUAUAACUUGGCUAUGUAGUUAGAUAAGAUAAAGCAUCUAAUGGACACUCUACAAUAAAUUACGAAAGUAAUGGCGGACUACUGGAAAUCCCAGCCCAAAAAAUUCUGUCAAUAUUGCAAGUGCUGGAUUGCAGACAACAAGCCUAGCAUAGAAUUUCACGAGAGAGGAAAAAACCACAAACAAAAUGUUGCCGCCAAAAUCGAAGAGAUUAAAAAGAACAGCACGGAAAAAGCCAAGAAAGUGCAAAAAAUGUCCAAGGAAUUUGCAGCAAUGGAAGAGGCUGCUAUGAAAGCAUAUGAAGAAGACAUGAAAAGACUAAAAGCUGAAGCAGAAACUCCUGUUCAGGCUCAAGCUAAAGCUCAGAUAUCUGAGGUUGGAGAUACUGCAGAACCUGACAGCAAAAGUGAAUCUAAUGACUGGGUACAAGGAACAACUGACAAUGGACAAAUCUACUACUACAACACAACAACUGGAGAGUCUCAGUGGGAGAUACCAGAAGGAUUUCAAGGUCAAAGUGUGUCAUCAGCUACAGACCAGUCUAAGAGUGUAUGGAUGGAAGCUACAAGCCCAGAGGGAUAUAUGUACUACUAUAACACAAAGACUGGAGAGUCUACAUGGGAAAAGCCAUCUGUGUUUUCCCCUAAAGGGGGAAGCCCAGCUGAAACAAAUGAGGAACUUAUGUCUCAGCCAGAAUCCCACUCUGGCAAAGAGGCUCCAAAUACCAAACAGUUCCAUGCAUCCAAAAUUAGCUUCAGGAAAAGAAAGGAAGAAAUAACAGAUCCACCAGCGUAUGAUGGAAAAGAAACUAAAGUUAAAGAAUUGCAAGAAGAGGAAAAAGAUGGAGGGACUGUAGAAUCAUCUGUGCAUACAGAAAAGAAUGAACCCCCUGCUAAAAAAAACAAAAAGGCAAACCCAUAUGGAGACUGGGAACAGAUUCAGGAGGAUGAGGAUCCAUUUGAAAAUUUGGAUUUGCAGCUGCCACAGAAAGAAAGUGGAGGUUCUACGUCCACAUCCUCAGAUGUUCCCCCAGAGCCCAAAACUAAGUUUAAGGAACGCACCAUCACCUCUUUGGGAGAAGAAAGUAGCUUUGGAGCCAUAUUCAAAAAGAAGAAGACAGAUAAUGGAAAACCCAGGAGCCUGCGGCAGAGAGGGAAGGAAGAUUGAAGAUUGAAGAUUUGAUGCCAGUGCAUCAGAUUCCACAAAUAUUUGAAUGGACUACUAUAAGAGCAUAUUUUAUACAUCUUGACUGUUCUCAUCAUUUUUGGAAACUUUUUAAAAUUUGUAUUGUUCCCUGUUUGUGGUCUGCACUGUGGAUUUUUUUUUCAUAAUGAGAAAGCAGUUUGAGAAACUUCUAUAGAAAUAUUUGUAUAUCCUUUCAUAAUUCUUUUAGCAAAUUUCUUAUUCCACUUCAUGACCCCAUAGUUAACUAGUUACACACUGAAACUACAAACAGUCAUUAACUCCUUUCACAAUAUCUGGUGUUUGUGUGUGCUUAUUAAUAAAGAUGUUAGCCACUA